CGUGAGAUAUCAGUUCAACGAUAGCAGCCGCGUAAAAACUGCAUAGAACAACGCGUGCAUGCCAGUGCAGUAGUAUAUAAAGCGUGUCAGGUGCCAUGGUGGUGCACAAUACAUCUUCGAAGUUGUGGCUUGCCACUCCGUAAAGUGGUUGUUUUUUGGAAGACAACACAGACCAGAAAUGGAGGAGUUGUUGCCACAUCCUUCCGCCAUUAACAUGUCGUUGAAUGGCAGCGGGGGUUGUCAUGGCGGAAUGGAGUUUGUUGAGGACGACCAGGGUUCGCAGAUUCUGACCAAACUCCGUAAACAGCGGUCAGACGAAAAGUAUUGUGACAUGGUGCUACGGGUUGGUGGACGGGUGUUCAAAGCUCACCGCAAUGUGCUAGCGGCUUGUAGUCCGUACUUUGAUACCAUGUGCAAUAGCGGUUUGGAAGAAGACCUCCAAGCCAUGGCUGAUAUGUCUUGUACUUCGGCUGAGGGGAUGGAGUUGAUUUUGGACUACAUGUACACUGGCAGAAUCACACUAACUGCGGAUAAUGUGGAGUGUAUUCUGAGAGGAGCGGAUCCCUUUCUUAUGGUUAAUCUCAAGAACUAUUGUCACAAGUUUCUCUGGCAGAACAUGAAUGCAGCGAAUUGUUUGGUGGUCAGACAUUUGGCUGAUUUAUACGGGUUUAAAGAGUUGCACCAACGGGCCUGUAAGUUUAUCCGCAACCAGUUCAUGAACGUUGUUCAAGAUUCCAUUGAAGACAUUCUCCUGUUAAGUCAAGAAGAAAUUCUGAAUUUGAUCACCGAUGACAAGAUACGUGUGGAGAAAGAGGAGAGCAUCUAUGAGUUGGUGAUACGUUGGGCACAGAUGGACCCAGAGAGGGCCAAGCAUCUUCCGAAGUUGCUGUCGCACGUUCGUCUGUCCCAACUUGACCGCAACUACCUCAAAGAUGUGGUGGAGAAAGAACCCCUAGUCACAGCCAACGGAGAGUGUUUAAAACUCUUAGCAGAUGCGCUGCACCAAACAGACACAACCAGAAGAAGUUACUGCAGUGACAGUCCUGUCUUGAAGCCACGAAAGGGGCGAUUGACAGACGUUGUGGUCAUCACCGGAGGCGUCAGUGAUCAGGGGCCGUUGGAGAAAUGUUUCGGUUACAUCAUUGAUGAGGAUCGGUGGACAAUGUUGCCUGGGUUGCCUAACGAACUCCGAUUCCACGCUGUCGCUGUACUGAACAGUUGUCUAUACGCAGCCGGUGGCUCAAGCAGUAAUCUGGUGUCCAAUAGCGUCCACUGCUACGACCCCAUGAAUAACUCCUGGAGCACUGUGGCUAGUUUACAGACACCCAGAGAGUACAUGUCCCUAGUUGAGUGCAAUGGUUGUUUGUAUGCCAUGGGUGGCAUACGAUGGGAUCGCUUACAGCAGAGUGUAGAACGAUACGACCCGGAUGUGGAUCAGUGGACUUUCGUAUCCCAGAUGCCUACUAAACGUUACUCCAUGCAGCUUGUGACACUCGGUAACCAUUACAUCUACGCCGUAUCGGGCCGGGAUGCAUCUCGACGACCCGUAUCCACCGUUGAACGAUACGACAUCCAAACCGAUGAGUGGACAAUCCUCCCCGACAUUCCCAUUCCACAAGGUGACCAGCCUUGGGAAUUCCCCAUCGUCGAAGCCUACGACCAUAAAAUCUUUGCCACGGAUCUUGCCACCAAGUCGUUCAGUCUUGACGCCGUCAGAAACAAGUGGUCAGAAGAGACAUGUAACUUUGGUCCCGUGGCGGGUCGUGCCUGCUUACAGUACUGCACCAUGGAGAAGAACGUCUUUGUGUUCGAGGGUUGCAACGCUUGUAUCUUCAAUCGGAAACUUGGCCUUUGGAGCAACAUUACGGCGCCCCCAGUGUCAACUUUGGCAUCAGCGUGUUGCGUGCUGCAAGUGCCUUACGAAUUCCUCAGCAAGACAUAGGACCAUUGUACGAUGACCAACACAUGUCAGAUGAUUACUGCGUUAGAGGAACAUCUCUCUUUUCGUCUUCGAGAACCACAGCCAAAGAUGAAGAACAUCGUGCCGGAAAAGAUUGUUGACAGAAACUGGGAGCUGCCUUCAAAAGACUGUCAUCUGGUCGUGAGUCAAGUUGUCCGAACCGAAAGUCGGUUGGUAUUCACAGCAUAGAAAGUGGCUACAAUAUGUCAAGUCCAAUUAUUGUACGCAGGUUAAUCCGAUGUUUGUAUCCGGCUUAUUCUUGGAGCAACACAAAAGUAAAUUCUUGGGGAUUAGUGGGUUAUUUUUAGACCUUGGCUUUUCCUUUAACAUCGUGGUUUUUUUUUUUUUUUGGUGGUCAAACUGGAGUAAGGUAAGACGAUAACAACAAAAGUAUGUUCAGGAGGUCUUUCAGUGAUGUAUACAUGUUAAUUCUCAACAGCGUUGUGCUAGGGAUUCUAACUCACAAUUUCUACAUCAAUUAUGCUAAUUCGAACCUGUAGCAGGUUGAGGUCACAUGACUAACAUAACCAAUCAAAUUAAGAGCUGUUGAGUCAGCCAUUUCCACCCAAUCACACUCCUCGGAGACCUCGUAAUAAACUGUUUUGGCUUUCAGAAUUCAUGGACUUCAGGGUAACGUGAUCAAGGAGCCUUCGGCAGAACUCAUGAAAUGCAAAUUUUUAAAAUUGGCUUUAAAUUCUGAUUUUUUUUUUUUUUUUAAGAAAAAGCAUUAAAAAUUGUUACUUUAGAAUUUGAAAGCUGUUUUCUUCCUUCAGAGUUUGAAAUCUGGUCAGGAAAGUCGGUGUCGCAGAUUUUAUAUUGCAACAGGACUUCUGAAGUUACAAAUUUCAAAGACAACUGAGGUCAGAGUGAAUGCUGAACUCUAUAUGGAGGUUUACAUGUACAGCACAUGAAUGUAGUUUCUUAUGUACACUCACUGUGAUGUGAGAAAAAAAUAUAACUAUAAUUGGAGAUGGUAAUGUUGUCCAUUUCAAAAGUAUUAAAAAGAAAUAUUUUAAUCUUAUCCUACCCACCUAUGCGGCAGAUUUAACACAGUGCAUGCCCACUGAUGAAUGGGCCAAGAAUAAUUUGGAUUGAGAGUGUCCCUUUAAGCCUUAUAACCCUAUCACAUGGAUUGUAUACAACACAUUGUAAGCAGAUCACUUUAAUAACUGUUUCCCUGGGGAGAUUAUCACAGUCAUCUUCAUGACCUUUGAUUAACCUUGUACCAAGGUUACUGUCUGCACACAAUCUUAAAGGAGCUAUCACAAAUGUUAUGUAUUUUUCAAUUCCAUUGUACCAGCAAGCUUUAUCGGUUUUUGUCAUUGUUCAGACCAUUGUAUUUAUUGUCUGCCUUCUGAAAUGGGACUAUUUUUUCCCUUUUCUGGGGCCUGACUUUUUUUUUUCAGAAAUUUGACCUAAAUCCCAAGGCCUUUGCAAUUUGGGGAAGAAACGAAGACGCAAAGUACUAUUAGACUUGGCCGUGCUGGAGGGAACUCAUGUCAAUCACAAAAUGUCAAUUUGCUGAACUCACGUUAAAGUUGCAGUGAGGUACUUUUUCUAGAUAAAGUUUGCUUGAAUUGCUUCAACUAAACUUUUGGCCGAUGGAUUGGCUGUUUUUUCCCCUUUUAUUUGGGAAGUAAUCCUGGAAAAUGUUUUGGGAACAUCAAAACAUUUCUCAGUGAGCGUUGGGACCAAAAUAGUCAAGUAAAUGUCUGAUUUGAUUUGCAGUUGUAUAUUUGGCCAUUUGAAGUGAAAAAAUUUGCAAACUGCAAAAUAUGAUGAGGGGAACGUGAUUUUAUAAUGGUUGUUUUUUUUACUUGAGUUGCAUGACCCACCUGCAUUGAUUGUGCUUUUUUUUCUCCACGGAUACAAAAAAAAACCACUUCAGCUUUCAGCGAAAAAAAUUUGAGAGCCCUUGAAUCGCUCAAUGUUCCUAAAUUACCUGAACAAUUCACCUCUUCAAAGGGACUGCCUGCGAACAGUGUGAAGAGUCUACUUGUCAAAAAUAUGACAAAAAUGCUAAGCUAAUUAGUGGUUAUUUUUUGAGAAUUCCAUGGAAACACAGUCCCAAAAGAACCCUGGGAAAGUCGCUUCUGGAACAGUCGCACGGACUCGUCUUGUUGUGUGAUAGAAUUUGAUUGUGUCCCGUCCCCCCCCCCCUUCAUGAAGUGUGUCGUGGUAUGAAAGAUCCCUCAUGUUGCGCAUGACUUCAGAUAGUAAAUGUUGAAGGCGAUAUUGCAAUUCUUAAUUCUUUUCUCUCAAAGUAAUAGUUAUCAAAAUGAAUUAUAGUGGAGUGAAAAGAUUGUAACCAAUUUUCGUAGGAUAAUCAGAGUACUGCUAACCCGAUCCUUUCACGUACAAUUCAAAGUUAAUGGUCUGUGAUCUGGCAUUGAUGGCGUUUUUCUGAUCAAAUGGAGCUUUCAAGGUCGACAAUAAUCCAUCCAAAUUGCAAAAAAGAUCAAGGUGCCUGCGUGAAUUUGUCUGAAUUGAAAUUACAAUGUACUUUAUAACUUCAGAGCUUCCAGCAGUGUGCAAUUGAUACCAGCAAUUACCGUAUUUCAUCAACAUUGUGUGCGUGCACACUCAAUCUAAAGGUAUUUUACAGAAAAAAAAUUCUCAUACCGGUAGUACCAAUCAAGCUUUAAAAAAAGCAUAUUUGUUUUUAAAUCACUGUUCCUCUGGCAUUUUUGUAUUAACUGAACAAAUUUGCAUAUAUCCAAACCAAAAAAUUAUGAAGGAGCUAACUGUCAUAUUAUAGAAAUUUCUAAUAAAUUUCAAAAUUGUAGUUCAACAGUUAAAUAAAGUGUCAUUAAGUGAAGGAUGCUAGGAUUGUAUGCUUAAAUUUGGAUCCCAUUAUUUUCACUGAAUGAAUGUAUUGCUCAUGAAGAAAAAUUUGGGGUGUAGGCCCUAAGCUUUGAUACCAAAUUUGGGAAUUUGGGAAGUUUCCCCGCGUUUGCGAUGUGUAACAUUCUUGUAAAAGUAAAUAAACGAAUGACUGUAGCAGUUAGUCAUAUAUCACUUUUUUGUAAACACCUUUCCGCAUAUGGUGUUGUCGUGCAUAAUGAGAAGAGGCUCCGUGCAACACGAUCAGCUUUCAUGGAAUUUAAUUUUCACUGAUUGUUUGGGGGGUUGGGGUUGUUUUGGAGACAUUUUACUUGUAGGAAUAUUUAUAGAUUUUGGUUUUGUACAAAGUAUUUAUUACAUGUUUUUGUGAUUGGAAAUAGGGUUUUAAUAACAUUCUUAGAACUGUCCUUAGUAUCUCGCAUGUAUGAUUUGUACAUGUGUCAUUCUGCAGACACAAUUGUCCAAUUUUGUUGUUGUUUACAACUUGAUAAACCAUCCAAGAUUGUUCUCAGAAAACGAGGAAUUAAAAUCUGAAAAUAAAAGCUUUCUUUCCCAAUUGGGUUACAUAUUGACAACUUGGUCUUGUUCCAAGGAGGCAAGACAAUGUUGCUGUAAUGAUUCUAUGUUAUAGGCACCAGCCUCGACCUGUCUCAUUAAACUCCACUCUUGUUGAUGAGAAAAUGAGGCAUGUUUAAAAUUGAAAGGUUUCGUUGGUUUUGUUUCCAAUACGGCCAAAAUCAUAACCAUGUCCUAUUUGUACAUUAUGUAGUUUGUUGGAAACAUGUCUAUUGUUCAUGUAAUAUUUUGUAAUUGGACUAAAGAGUACGCACUGAAAGUAAAGGGCCUACUGUAUUUAUGUACCAUGUAAUUUGAAGAGGAAAAAGUUGUUACUCUAAAAUAGAAUUUAAUUUGUUGAUUGUUCACAUUUUGUAUAGCAGCAUCUCUGUGCCUCACUAAAUAGUAAUUCACUUUAAUGAUUAUAACUAUAAGAAUUAUGUACAGACCACAACCAUUGUACAUGUGUAUGCAUAUACAGUCGAGUCUAGUUAAUACAAACUCGUUCAGACCUAGCCAAAUUGUUUGUUAUAUAUCAGAAUUUUGUAUCAAGAGGAACAUCGGUCCCAUUCAUUGUGCACAUAAAUGCACAGUCGGGACUAAGGCUUUAUGUUUGUUAUAUAACCAGAAUUUUGUAUUAACAGAGUUUGUACUAACGAGAUUUGACUGUACUGUAAAAAGCUGCGCUGCAACUGUGCGAUGUAUUGUCCAUUGUAGGUUGCUUUACGACACCACUUACCCAUCAGAGAGUGCAACUGGGAGUGAACGUGUCUUUAGCCACAUUCGUAACACAUGAGGCUCAGUUCUAGAUCCAAACUUGGAGGAAGAAUUUUAAAAAUUUAAAAGAGUGAUUUUUUUGGAAGCCUGCUGAUUUCCUGAAAAUUUGUGGUUGGAAAUUCUGACCAGAAUAAGAAAAGGUUUGCACUAUUUGACUGAAGAUGUUGAAAAAGAUAGUAAUCAACUAACACAAAGUUAUUUAAAAAAGAAGAAGCUUGGAAAAAAAGGUGAAAAUAGACAUCAAUCAUGUGAUAUUUCCACCUGUGGCUAAUUUGAACCCUUUCCAUGUAAGGAACGCUGUGAAAUUCACCUCAGGCCGGAGACUGACAGUGAUUUGUUUUUCUUUUCCUGUCAAGGCUAGAAAGGGUGCCGAAACUGCGUCAUUCAAGGAGUUUGACAUUUCCAGUAAAGUACGGAGCAUUCAGGCAAGUGACACAGCACACACGUUCACACCACAAAUCCUGUAUUUUUACAGUAUCCUAUACAUGCCUAGUUGAUCAAAAUGAUAACGUGUGAAAUGUAUUGAUCCGCCAGCGAAAGUGCUACAUGUAUAAAAAUGUUGGUAUUAUCCUCGUAUUACUAUUGUAUUAACAAAAAAAAACAUCAAUGUGUUGUAAUUUAUGUGAUUAACAUUAACUAUUCACCACCUGGGGCUUUCAGAAUAUUGCCAAAUGUAUUUUUCCCCCUUUCUUAGGAAUCCAUUUGUAAGUAUAUAUUCUCCAAUCUCCAGAGAGGGUAGAGAAGGAAAAUUGGAAUGUUUUAUUAGCACUUGCGUAUUCACAAAAAAACUUAUACAUGUGGACUGUUGGCUGGGUACUUGAUUAGGUUUUACUAAACAUGGGAAUAGCUUUUAAGAUUGUGUUGAUGAUGAAAAGUGACUGAAAAUAUGGGAAAUUUACCACAGAAUUUCGUUUUGAAGGGACUGUUCAGUCUUAUUCUUACACAAACUGUAUAAUGUGGGCACCUUCCUGUAGACUACAAGGGAUUGCAUGAUUAAUUGCAUACCACCCUGUCACUUAAAAACCUCUCUAUUGUGGCCACUUGUUCUCUCUGACCAUUCUUUGACGUCCCUUCAGCAAGGGGCACUGAACUUGCCUCACACCGCUCUUCUAUACUCUUUGUUACAUUCUCCCUGCCUCGGGCUCUUCCCCUUAUUCUCCCCCUACCUCCAUUGCUUUAGUAGUUAGCUGCAUCGAGUGAAUUAAUAUUCGCAAAGAGUGCUCCCUCACUGCGCUCGACGCACACUGGCAACGAAAAGAGACGCAACCGACACUUCUCGCGCCUGAUUUGCCUGCAAGGGCUGUCCGGUUUUGUCUCAAGUGUAGCAGGGGAAUCUUAUUAGCCUUCCAUCAGAAUUCUACCAAAAACAACUCGGCUUGAAAGAGCUGCCACAGACCCAACAGACUUGGCAGUAAGUUUGGACUCAAAAUAGAACGCUUGGCAUAAACAAGGGAGUGCACGGUAGAACACUUUCCCUCUCCCCCACCCUCUUUCCCAUCUCCUUUGUUAAUUGAGCUGCAUUAAUGCACCUGAGUUUCUCUUCUAGCUCCGGGCCUGUCAUCUUGUGAUGGAAUGUCUUGUGAUCUGCUUGCCUCCAAGGUUCAACCCGAACCCUACUCAAGAAGCUGUUGGCAUUUGAUGCCAUUUCCAAAAAAAAAAAAAAAAAUCAUAGUCAACAAGCAUCACCUGCAAAGUGUCUGGUUUCCAUGAUUCCCCUUAUCCAGUGGCAGGUCCUGGGUAAGGGGAGAUGGUAAAUGAAUACUCUCCUGAGCUUCUUCUCUUCUCUGUCCUCGUCUCGAGGUUCCUCCAUGAAUGCCAGGAUGCAAUCUCCCAUGUUGCACUACAGGCUGUCACAUCUCAAGUAUACACUCCCAACAUAUCACGUGCCCGUGUCAUAAACACAAGUGUUUCGGUCUAUGCACUACGUCUUAAGUUAACCAAAGCUGUUUUUUGCUCAUGUAGUAUAUAUGGACUUGUAGAUAUCUAUACCUGUAACCAAAGCGUCGGUGUCUCUGUCAUACGAGUUAUUUAUUGAUUAUUGAAUAUUUUGUUGAGUGGUGCAAGGUUGUAAAUUACCAUGGAGAGAUGGGGUCGUGUAUACGGUUCUUAGUUUGCCAAAUUCAUUAGUGUAAUAUUAAAAUGGAUUCGUCAAUAUUGGGUAUGUUGCGGAUUGUUAAAAGAUUUUGUUUUUCCCUGAAUGUGCAUGGAUAUUGUGUAAAUUGUGAAUAUGUGUAAAGUAUAAGUACAUAUCAAUAUUUUUAAGCCUGUAAGUAUGAGGCAUUAUUUAUGAGUAUAUCAUCUCACAGUGUAGCCAUCUUGGUCUGAAUCCCAGAAGCCUUGGAUUGUGUCACUGCGGGUUUACCAGCACAUCAUUGGUGCCAGACUAUUGAUCUUGAGCCUCGCUAUGAGCGUCUUAGACUUGUGCAUAAUAUACAAACCCAAAUGGCUGUAUUGUGAGUGUACCACAGUAUCCUGUCACUUUAUUUCACCAUGCCUGCUUUAAAGUCGUUCGUUUGUGGCAGUAUCAUUAAAAUUUUAUUAAUAUCAAUUAAAACAUACCUAAUAUUCACUUUAAUAUGAUGUUAAAAUAUUAUCAAAGUUGGUCAACAGCCAUAUUAAACAUUAUAUCUGUUUGCUAUUAGAGCCUUUUGUGUGCUACGUUUAACGUUUACCUUUGACAAAUCCAAAAUGUACUAUUAUGUUACUAUUUUAUUACAUCACACUGAUCUGAUAAUCUGGAUUAAGGGGAUUAAUUUGUGUCAUAAUAAGUCAACAGGGUUAGCACCAACAGUCAUUUGCAAUGGGAAACUACAUGUAUGAAAAACACAGUAUCUGACUGUUUUUGUUUCAAGAGUUUGUGCUUUGUUAUCACGCACAAUUUAGCAAUCGAUAUAUUGUGCUCCAGAAAUUGAUCGCCUUUGUUCGUGUAAUUAAGUUGUUUACUGUGAGUUGAAAUCAGGUGAACUUGAGAGUUAAUAACGGUGAUGGUCAGUUCAUGCCUCACACGCUCAGUAGACUGCAGAAUAUAUUUCAGCUUUUCUGCAGCUGUUGAAGAUAGGCCUACAGUGAAAAGGGUGCCUCAUGAUCGCCCUUAUCGGGUUGUACAUGUAUAUUGAGACUCAAAAAAUGUAGCAGUCAAACAACUGGGGUUUUUUCUGAGAAACUAAAGCUAACAGGAACGGGGAAUACCCAAUUAAUUCUGAUCAGCCUGAUGUUGAAUCAUAGCGAAUUUCACGAAUAAAUAAUUUUGUCCAUGUUUAAAUUUGGGUUUCUUUCAAUGAACCAUGUUUUAUUUCAUUUAUUAAACCUACAUUUUAAAGGACUAAGCAUCAUCAAGAAUGUUGCUACAUUCUGUAUUUUUAAUUAUAUUAAUUAUAUAAAUGGUAUACUGUUUUUACCGCUUUGAUUCUGUACAUUUUCCUCACUCGAGAUGUUUCUUUAAAAAUGUAUGAUAUUAAUAUCAUCGUUAGUGUGCAUGCUUAAAGUCAUAUCUUUACUAAAUUAUUUCAUUUGUAAUUUAUAUUCAAAACCAGUUCAUUCCAUAUUUUGUACUCUCGAAUCAGCCCAUUUGCCCUGUUUUCUCAUAACUGCAGUGUCAUGUCUCAGCGGCUUGUUUGUAAAACCGAUCAGUUCAAAUGACCAAUAAAUUUUACCACUGUAGCAAAAAAAAAA